AUGCGGAUACCCCUCGAAAUCCCACAGCUACCCAUACCUUCUGCUUCGUCUCUGGCACGCCGCCAACGGCUAGCCAGCCUCAUAUCGCCACUCAGACGCGUUCGACCACAUGUGCCUUUUUACAAGCUUGCCGCGCAUCGAAUACCGACACUAUGGACGUUGUACCGCGGACUGCUAAAGAAUUCGCCAAGCGAACACGUCAGCUUCAGGGUCACCAAGCUGUUCAAGCAGCAUCAUCGUAGCACGAGUCCUUUAAAGACGAAGGGGCUGCUCGAGCAAGGGUACAAGUGGCUCGACCUUUUUGUGAAGGCGAGAGACGGCGACCAACAUAUGCGCGCGGUGCUGGACCGCUACAGCAGGAUGAUCGCCACGAAGCGCGACAAGGAGACAUUCAAGCAUAUGCUCCGCGCUGAAGCCGAAUGGCAAGCGCGCCUGCGCAACCGGCCGAUCCUCACCGGUGCUGUCAUUCGCCCGACGCUGUACCACGGACCUCUACCGCGUAUGAAACCGCAGCCGCUGCAUGUCAGCGGCAUGAUCGUCUCGCGGAAGCGCGCGCGCCGGUGGCGCAUUCAAAAGCAAGCCAUAGUACACGAAAAUCUGCUCGACCUCAUAAACGAGGCGAGAUUCGAGGAGAAGCUGGCCGAUGAGGCAAAGCGGUUUGGCCAGUCCUUUGCGCCCACCUUCGCUGCAGCGAGGGAGGCGGAGUGGACUCAGCCCAUUUUGGAGCAGAAGGCAGCCAUCGUAGCCCAGUUCGAGCGCGAGAACGAGCGGUUGCACAUACCCGUCCCGCUCAAAAUGUUGCAGCAGCUCAAGGCUGCGCGGAAGGAACGCAAGGAAAAUCUUUACAGAGCAGCGGUGAGAGAGAGGCGAGGCGAGAUGACUGUGUGGGCACGGGAAAGGAGGAUGCUUGGCUACCCUGCACCCGUAAUGAACCGAUGGUCGCCAGAGAAGAGGAGGCGCAUGCUCAUUGUGCGGAGGAGCGUCAGCCAGGUAGGAUACGUGGGCAUGCUGAAGAGGCAGAUGGGUUGGAAAAUCAGGCCACUAGAGGACCAGUACAGUCCGGAGGAGUACGCGAGGCUGAAGAAAUCAGAGCUCGCAAUCAGAAGGGAGAACAUCAAGAGGCGAAGGGAGCAGAUGUUGGAAUUGGGCGUCGAUGUUGGGGAGAAGCACACUCGUCCGAGCUGA